UCUCGCAUGUGGUUGAUUUGGGGUCGCUUGUCUGGUUGCCAGGGAUACAGCUGUUGGUCCGGUCUCUCCAGAAAUUGUUGCGAAGUUUUGAUUGUGCUCUUCCGUACUGUGUGAUCGUAGUCUUUGGUUUGAACCUUAGUUUGUUCUGGAAUCGCUGCUCUAGUGCCUUUGGUUUUCGCAUUUGGUAGUAUGCACAACAUAAAUACGUGCAAGUAACUGGCUUGAAAGGGAGCCGAUGAGCCUUUCUCUGCUUAGUCAGCAAGGUGUAUCAAUGUUAAUGGCAUUGGAAAUGUGAAUGCCAUCCCAGCUGGAAUAAGUUUCGGUAGGGUUGUCGCCAUCAUGGGAUUAUUCAGUCGUGAGGCGUCAAAAUAUUGCUGUAAUCGUCGAUGCCAAAGCAGCAACUCUGAUAGGUCUUCUGAGGUCGCCAUUUCGUAAUUUUUAGCCAGCUUGAACAUGAGUUUGGUUCAUUUCUUUUUACCGCUAAAUGCAUCGAACAUGGCUCUUAUUUGUACGCUUGAUGAAGAUUCGCAACCUUCUCACAUGCCUCGGAGAUAGCGACUUCGUUGCAGUACCAGACCACUGCCGUAGCUGUGGGCAACCCAUGAGGAGGUCUUCGAAUUGAAGUGCCCGGAUUACAUAAUUUAACGGUACGAGUCAGACUGCGUGUGCAAAGUUUGGAGCUAUGGGUCGCCCCGCUGAGGGCUACUGGAGAUUUGUUUCGGUACCGGUGGUGAUUGUUCUGCUCAUAAUGGGUUUUUCUUAUCACACAUUAGUUGUGCUCGUCAUACACCCGUGGUUGAACGUGAACACAACUACUGGGUUCGCGAAUGUUGCACUCUUGACCAUCUUGUGCACCAUGGCUUUGCAUUCGUACGCAUUAGCUGUGGUGCGUGAUCCUGGAUAUAUUCCAUCAUCUUACCUACCUGACUUGGAGGAAGAAGUUGCAGUGCAUGAAGUCAAGCGCAAGGUCUUUCUGGGUGGAAACAGAUAUUGCCAAAAAUGUGAACAAUACAAGCCACCGCGAGCUCAUCAUUGCCGGGUUUGCAAACGUUGCGUGCUUCGUAUGGAUCACCAUUGUAUGUGGGUCAACAAUUGUGUAGGCCACUAUAAUUACAAAGCCUUCUUUCUCUUCACCGUGUAUGCAUCAGGUGCAGGUUUACAGUCUAUGAUCUUGUUAGGAACUCACUUUAUUCAGACUUUAGGAGAUGAAGGGCCAGAGGACAUGGAUGCAAAGGUGUUCAGCGAGUCUGUUACAUCUUCAGCAUUUCCAAGGGUGAUUUGUGCUGUGAUUCUGGUGCCUGCUUUGAUUGCAGCAGCGGCGAUGAUGACAUGGCACUUCUAUUUGCUGUUGCACAACAAGACUACCAUUGAGUAUCAUGAAGGCGUACGGGCGACGUGGCUUGCAGAGGACAUAGGGCAGGGUUACCGCCAUCCAUAUGAUAUUGGCAUAUUCAUCAACUUAGUCGCUGCUUUGGGACCCAGUGUGAGUUGCUGGUUGUGUCCAAGUGCAACAGGCCACCUGAGCCCUGAUUUACAGUGUGAAACAUUCAGCGGUGACAUUCUAGAAAUGGAGUAAAUGUGGAUGCUCGAGUGACGAGAUCUGCACAUAUACUGAUACACAAGCCGGAUCGAACUGCACUGCGGAUUGUCAUCAGUUUCCUUUCCUCUGGAAGCUGAAGUGGGAGUAGACUAUUUUUGUGGUCGUGCGUCAUACCGUAUGUUCAGAGCACUGACCUUUUCGUGCACAAACGCAUCCGACAUACGCAAUAUGAUCCUCCCAUAAGUUUGCGAAUGGGAUUCGAUCAAUCUUGAACUAGAAGGCAUGGUCCUUCUGACUUUCAAACUACAUUUGUGCUCUUCAGCUCUAAAAAUAGGUGUCCAGGACAAUGACCUCCAAAGGGUUGUGGUUGCGAUCUCAAAGGGUCUCAUAAGUACUGACUUGUUGAUUCUCGGUAUUCACACCUCAUAUUUAUCAUUGGGCUCAACUGCUGAAUACCGGGGACGUAUAUCAGAAUGUGAUUGGACUGGUCAGGCAGCCACUUCUGAUAGAUAGUUCUCUGCUAUUUAAUUCUGAUGCAGGGACUUCGUUGAUAGUGAGAAGGCUUAGUGUUUUUUCAGUUUCUUGACAUUGCUACUCAGCUUCGUAAUGGAGACAGUAAAAGAUGGGGACCACUGAAGACUUAGCUGGGUUAUGAUGUACCAUGUUUUGUUCCAAGGUGUUAUGGAACAAUUUCAAUCGCACUAGCCAGUAGUUUUAAAUCACUGGAACUCAAUAGGACCAUGCCUAGUGCGUAGUCAUAAUAAAGCAUACAACUAUGCAUUGAACAUUGCAUGUAACUUGACUAUUGUUGAAUCCAUGCCAGUCAAAGAGAAAUGACUUGCUCCAGUCAGAGCGACA